UACAGUAAUGAGAUGUAAUAUUACGGAGGGCAGUAAUUGGUUCGUUUACACCAUGGAGCUCUCAAUGACUUAUGUACAGUAACACCAUCACAUCCUUACCCCAGGUAGUCUUUCAUUCGCGUUGGAAACAGGCCUUGGUUGAUAACGUUAUCUUUGUGAUACUAGCUAGACCCCUUCCUAAUAUUGAGUUUGUAACCUCCCUUUUGCCCUCAGAACAGCCUCAAUUCGUCACUCAGGGUAUGUGAUCGUAUACAAACGUAAGCAAGGUUUGAAAUUAUUAUGUUUUGGGCUUUUCGCAUUAAAUUCUCAGUUUAACAAAUUAUUUGUAAUUAUGUUCUCCCCACCCGACCAUCCGCUCGAGUCAAAUUGGUCCCGCGGCUGAAUCUAGUUGACGAUCCCUGCUGUGUGGUCUCACCAGACUGCAAUGCUGACUACACUUCUUCUUUCUCUAGUUAUGUAACAAGGAGUUUCAGUACGCUGCCUCUCUGAGGGCCCAUCUGGCCAGACACAAGCACCAGAAGAGUCAGAGGCCGACCCUGGUCAGGGUCCCCCAACCCCACGGCGAGGAGGGCCUCGAGGUGGACGGCAGGACCAAGGGACGCACCAAGAGAGAGUUUGUCUGUGACAUCUGUGGAAAGACUCUCCCUAAGCUGUACUCUCUGAGGAUCCACAUGCUCAACCACACUGGGGUACGGCCCCACUCCUGCAGGGUCUGUGGGAAGACCUUCGCUCAUAAACACAGCCUGAAGAUGCACAGAGCUCUACAUGACGCUGCUAAACAGUUCCACUGCCUGCUCUGUGACAAGUCCUUUGUUAGUAAGAGAAGUCUGGAGGAACACACCAGUAUUCACACAGGUGAAUCUAAGUAUCUCUGUACCCAGUGUGGAAGGUCGUUCCACCGAGCCUCUGGUCUGAGUAAACACAUUAAGAGACACCAGCCCAGACCUGAAGUACGCGGAUUCCCCUGUAGUCAGUAA